AUGUCGGCUUCUAAUAUGAAUUUCACGGAUCGCGCGAGCAAAGCGCUUUCCGAUGCUAUGGCCGUAGCUGAGAGCUACUCCCAUCCACAACUAUUACCCCUCCAUCUCGCCUUGUCACUUCUCGAUCCCCCACCCGACGAAUCGAAAGACCAGCAAGCAACUGUGAAUGCCUCUCAUGGCGCUGCCUCGCAAUCCCUCCUCCGCCAAGUCGUCGAGCGGGCUCAUGGCGAUCCGCAAGCCUUCCAACGAGCCCUUCAAAAGGCCAUUGUGCGGCUACCGAGCCAAUCGCCUCCUCCCGAUCAGAUCGCCAUGGCACCUUCAUUCACAAAGGUCCUAAGAGCCGCAAAUGAGCUGCAGAAGACGCAGAAGGAUUCCUUCAUAGCAGUGGACCAUUUGAUCAUGGCCCUGUGCCAGGAUCCUUUUGUGCAGGCUUCUCUGAAGGACGGAAAUAUGCCCAAUAUCAAGGUGGUACAGGAUGCUGUUCAACAAAUACGCGGCACCAAGCGGGUGGACUCCAAGACAGCGGAUGCGGAGGAAGAGAAUGAAAACCUCAAGAAAUUUACGAUCGAUAUGACUGCAUUGGCGAGAGAGGGUAAGAUGGACCCGGUCAUUGGCAGAGAGGAGGAGAUUAGACGGGUCAUCCGGAUCUUGUCUCGACGAACCAAGAACAAUCCUGUCUUGAUCGGAGAGCCUGGUGUUGGAAAGACCACUGUCGUUGAAGGUCUUGCCCAACGAAUCGUCAACUUGGACGUACCCGACAAUCUCGCGGGAUGCAAGUUACUCUCUCUCGACGUCAGCUCCAUUGUUGCAGGCAGCAAAUACCGCGGAGAUUUUGAAGAGAGAAUGAAGGGCAUCCUGAAAGAGAUUGAAGAGACUCAGGAUAUGAUCGUCCUUUUCGUUGAUGAGAUGCAUCUUCUCAUGGGUGCUGGCUCAGCUGGUGAAGGAGGAAUGGAUGCCGCCAACAUUCUCAAGCCGAUGUUGGCCCGUGGCCAGCUCCAUUGUAUCGGUGCAACCACGCUAGCAGAGUACCGCAAAUACAUCGAAAAGGAUGCAGCCUUCGAACGACGAUUCCAACAGGUCUUGGUCGGGGAACCAACUGUCCCGGAAACUAUUUCGAUUCUCCGAGGCCUGAAGGAAAGAUUCGAAGUGCAUCAUGGUGUUACUAUCUCAGAUAGUGCGCUUGUGACCGCUUCGACGCUGGCUGCUCGCUAUCUAACUCAGCGACGCCUACCCGAUUCCGCUGUAGAUCUCAUUGAUGAAGCUGCAGCUGCCUGCCGGGUAGCCCGAGAAUCGCAACCUGAAAUCCUCGACUCGCUCGAUCGAAAACUCCGGCAAUUGAAGAUUGAAAUUCAUGCCCUCGCGCGAGAAAAGGAUGAGGCAUCUCAGGCUCGCCUCGCACAAGCCAAGCAAGACGCGCAGAAUGUCGAGGAAGAACUGAGACCUCUUCGGGAGAAGUACGAAAGUGAGAGAGCUAGAGGCAAAGCCAUUCAAGAAGCCAAACUCAAGCUCGAUCAGCUUCGUGUGAAGAAAGACGAGGCUACCCGUCUAGGUGACGACAGCAAAGCUGCAGACCUACAAUACUACGCAAUCCCCGAACAGGAGCAAUUCAUCAAAGACCUUGAGAAAGAGAAAAAGGCCGCCGAUGCUGCUCUUAGCAACAACAACCCAGACUCCGGUGGAUCUUUGAUUACCGAUGUUGUUGGUCCGGACCAGAUCAACGAGAUUGUGGCCCGGGCUACCGGCAUUCCAGUUACGAGACUGAAGACGACAGAAAAAGACAAACUUCUUCAUAUGGAGAAGGUUCUCAGCAAGGUUGUAGUCGGCCAAAAGGAGGCUGUCAAGGCAGUAUCCAACGCCAUCCGACUUCAACGAUCUGGUCUCAGCAAUCCUAAUCAACCUCCGAGCUUCCUCUUCUGUGGUCCUUCCGGUACUGGUAAGACCCUACUCACCAAAGCUCUUGCUGAAUUCCUCUUCGACGAUCCGAAGGCAAUGAUCCGGCUUGAUAUGUCUGAAUACCAAGAACGGCAUUCCCUGAGUCGGAUGAUUGGCGCACCACCAGGAUAUAUCGGACAUGAUGCUGGUGGACAGCUUACUGAGGCCCUUCGCCGGAAACCAUUCUCCAUCUUACUGUUCGACGAGGUCGAAAAGGCUGCCAAGGAAGUUCUCACUGUCUUGCUCCAGCUCAUGGAUGACGGUCGUAUCACAGACGGCCAAGGACGUGUUGUUGAUGCACGCAACUGUAUCGUCGUCAUGACCUCCAAUCUCGGAGCCGAGCAUCUUCAACGCUCCGUCACAACAAACGGCAAGAUCGACGACACGACAAAGCAUCUAGUCGAGCAGACCCUCCAAGACUAUUUCCUUCCGGAAUUCUUGAAUCGUAUCAGCUCCACCGUCAUUUUCAACCGUCUGACUCAGCCUGAGAUCCGUAAGAUUGUCGACUUACGCCUUACUGAAAUCCAGAAACGGCUUGAAUCCAAUAACAAGAACGUUAGGAUUGAAUGCUCAACGGAAGUCAAGGACUGGCUUGGUGCUGCUGGUUACAAUCCUCAAUAUGGUGCCAGACCACUGGGCAGACUGAUCGAGAAGGAGAUACUAAACAGACUUGCUGUAUUGAUUCUCCGUGGCAGUAUCAAGGAUGGUGAGACGGCCAGGGUCGUCAUGGAGCACGGCAGAGUCGCAAUUCUCCCCAACCACGAGGGGUCAUCAGAGGAGGAUGAUGACGAUGACGAUGAAAUGGAGGUUGAUGAUGAUCUUAGAGACAACGAUAUGGGGACUGGUCUUUAUGAUUAA